AUGUCGAAGCGGGUUGCCUCACAAGUGCACAAGCAGGCAUCCCGUCUACUGCGUCAAAACUAUCUCAGGCGCGAGCCUCUGUGGUAUCAGGCUGUCCUCGACCAUCCACCACUUCCACUCCCAGCGAAAAAUCCACCUCCUCGCACAAACUACGACUUACCCACAAAGAAUACCCAUGUCAAACAUGCAUCUUCAGGCAGAACGCGUAUAGAGAAACCACACCCAUUACCUGUGCAAUAUGUAGAGGACGAGAUUCGCAGACAGUUCUUCCGCGAUCAUCCAUUCGAGGCGUUCCGCCCUACGACCUUACUGGAGGGCGCGCAUAUCGAGGAUGAGCAUCCCAUACAAGGGAAGGAAUGGACGAGACUCAGACAGAGGGGCCGAAACCCAACACCAGAAGACGCCAUUCGAUAUGCCGCCAACCUGCACUUGCACCAUGACCAGCCACUAACCAAUGCAUAUACCUCUGCGGUUGCCCAAUUCCGUUCUCUUCGUUCCGAACAACAUAUUGCGCGGUCGUAUGCCCUUCUUGAGGCGGAUUACUACGGCUUGCAGCUCGGGCCCUCGCAAGUCGAUAUUGCCUUCGAAAGGGAGGGCAAGGCGUUGGAAACUUGGGAGAAGACUCGGGAGCAGGAUGCUAACGAGAAUGCUGCUCGUAAACGCUGGAAGGCCAUUGUGGAAAGUGCUUUGCCGGGCUCGUGGACGAAGGGGCAGGAGUAUGUGCGGUUGUGGCAAGAAGGCAUACGGCCUACUUAUGCUCCGUUGUUGACUGAGAGGACACUUACGCGGGCUGGUGUGACGUCCACCGCGUUCACUACGGAGGAAAAGACGUCUUUCAAAAAGGAUCCCUUCGCCUUGGCAGAGGCUAUAAGGGCGCGAGCGUAG